GCAGCAAAAGGAGACAAAGGGGAGAGAGAUAAGGGCACUGUAAUAGCCAUAUCAUUGUUAGGUAGAUGACAUAAUUAGUGUCAGGGAUUAUUGCAGGGCGGCUGGAGCAGAGCACAGCAGAUCAGUUUAGUAUCCAUCAGUGCACAGAGGACCUAUCUCCAUAUCACUGACCUAUCUCCGUAUCUCCGUGCACAUAGGAUGGCCGUGGUGCAGAGCUCUCUGCCUGCUCUCGGGCUACUGCUCGUCCUCCUCGGCACUUGCUUCUCCCUCUCCUCAUCUGAGGCUCUGGGCAGGAGGCGCAGGCUCAGCCAGGAGCCAGGUGGCAUCUCGUUUGAGUAUCACCGUUAUCCGGAGCUGAGAGAGGCGCUGGUGGCAGUUUGGCUGCAGUGCCCCACAAUCAGCAGGAUUUACACGGUGGGCAAAAGCUUUGAGCACCGGGAGCUGCUGGUCAUUGAAUUCUCUGACAAUCCUGGGGAGCAUGAGCCUGGUGAACCUGAGUUUAAGUAUGUUGGAAAUAUGCACGGCAAUGAAGCAGUUGGAAGGGAGCUACUGAUUUACCUGACACAGUAUCUGUGCAAUGAGUACCAGAAGGGAAACCAAAGCAUUAUCAACUUAAUCCACAGCACGCGCAUUCACAUAAUGCCUUCUAUGAAUCCUGAUGGUUUUGAGAAAGCAGCGCAGCAGCCUGGAGACAUGAAAGACUGGUUUGUUGGUCGCAGUAAUGCACAAGGAAUUGACCUGAACAGGAACUUUCCUGACCUGGACCGAAUUGUUUACAUCAGUGAACGGGAAGGAGGAUCAAACAACCAUUUGCUGCAAAACCUAAAGAAGUCUGUUGAUGAGAAUCCUAAGCUUGCACCUGAAACCGUGGCAAUAAUUAACUGGAUUAUGGACAUCCCCUUUGUCCUAUCUGCUAACCUUCAUGGCGGAGACCUUGUAGCAAAUUAUCCCUAUGACGAAACUAGAAGUGGCAGUGUUCAUGAAUACAGUGCAUGCCCUGAUGACGCCAUUUUCCAAAGCUUAGCCCGCUCCUACUCAUCUCUAAAUCCAGCUAUGUCUGAUGGAAACAGACAGCCAUGCCGAAAAAAUGAUGAUGACACCAGUUUUAUUGAUGGAACCACAAAUGGUGCUGCUUGGUAUAGUGUCCCAGGAGGUAUGCAAGAUUUUAAUUAUUUGAGCAGCAAUUGUUUCGAGAUAACAGUUGAGCUUAGCUGUGACAAAUUCCCACCUGAGGAAACAUUAAAGGACUACUGGGAGGAUAACAAAGACUCUCUUGUAAACUAUAUAAUGCAGGUACAUCGUGGUGUAAAAGGAUUUAUCAAAGACCACCAGGGAUUUCCUAUUGCUAAUGCUACAAUAUCUGUUGAUGGAAUUAAUCAUGAUGUUACCUCGGCUAAGGAUGGGGACUAUUGGAGGUUGCUUUCACCUGGAAAUUAUAAAAUCACUGCAUCUGCCCCUGGAUAUCUAGCAAUAACUAAGAAAGUAGCUGUUCCUUUUAGCCCUGCAGUCAAGAUUGAUUUUGAUCUGGAAUCUUUAGCAGAAAGAAAAGAAGAAGAAAAAGAAGAGUUAAUUGAAUGGUGGAACAUGAUGUCUCAGACCCUAAAUUUUUGAAAAAAAUAAUAAUUAUGAUCUGACAUGUAAAUUAUAUGUUGAGUUUGUUUGCAGUAAUGUGGACAAAAUAAAUAUAGGAGUAAGUUUGUGUAAAUAUUCAUAUGUACUUGCACAUCUAUUCCUAUAACUGAGAAAUUAAGUGUAAUUUUGGACAAUUAAUGUGUUUGUUUUUUCUGUAACAGUUUGAAUAGCAACCUACACAUAGGACUGGUGGAAGGGACGAUCAGUUUUAUACCUGGAAAAUAUUACAAUGUUCAGUAGUAAUGCAAUAUUUUAUGUCAAGCCAUUUGUGCUUAGUACAUUUUCAUUUCUAGGGAAAAAAAUCAUAGCACAGCUGUUGCCAAAAAUAACUUGGCAGUAUUUAUGUAGAAACAAUGUUGAAUACUUCUUAUGUGGGCCUAUGAGAUCUAUAAAUAUAUAUAAAUAUAUCUUGCUAGUGUAUCUAUUUGUUAUUAUGUUCCAUGACUGAAUGUGUAUUGCAUUUUACGAUUGCCGCCAAAUUGUUUUAUUUCCUGACACAAAACAAGGUGUGGAGACAUUUAAAAAGCUGUAAUGUCAUUCAUGUCAUUGAUGAUAAUACUGACAGACAUAUGCAUAAAAAAAUGAUUAAGUUAAACGUAUGUUGUAUCAUUUAUCUCAACAGCUAUGAACUUGAGCCAUUUUAUGUUAUCAGUAGUAACAAUGCACAUGUAAAAUAAAUAAUUUAAGGAUUA